AUGGCAACUGACUUCAGCCCUGCGCUCAUAGUCGUAGAUGUCCAAGAAGAUUUCUGCCCACCCGUCCGUAUCACUCACUCUCCUUCCUUUGUCCUGUCCUCCGUCCUCCGUCCUCUCUCCUCUCACGAACCCAUGUCACUAACGAACCUGCAUUCACAGAACGGCUCCCUCGCAGUCGCCGACGGCCGCGCCAUCAUCUCCACAGUCAACGACCUGCUCGCCCUGCCCUUCACCCUCAAGAUCGCUACCAAAGACUGGCACCCGGCGAAGCACAUCUCGUUCGCGUCCUCCCACCCGUCCAAACGGCCCUUCCUCGACACGACGACCAUCACGAACCCGUCCAACGCCGCCGAAUCCUACGAGUCCCGGCUCUGGCCCGACCACUGCGUGCAGCACACGCCCGGGGCGGAACUCGUGCCGGAACUGAACGUGGGACUGGUGGAUCGCGUGGUGGAGAAGGGGACGGAGAGCGCGGUGGAGAUGUACUCGGCGUUUUACAGUCCGUUGAGGGAGCCGCGGUGCUGCGAUAGUGGGUUGGUUGGGCUGUUGAAGGGGAAGGGCGUCACGGAUGUGUACGUGGUGGGUUUGGCGUUUGAUUAUUGUGUUAAGGCGACGGCGACGGAUGCCGCGAGGGAGGGCUUUAGGACGGUUGUUGUGCGGGAGGGGACGAGGGCCGUGGAUGCGGACAGCUGGGAAGGGGUAGUCAGGGAGUUGGAUAGGGAAGGGGUGAGGGUUGUUGGGGUAGCGGAGGAGGAGGUUAGAAAGAACGGUGGUCUCUGA